UUUUAUUCUUUCCUUCGUAAGCUAAAUAUUGAUAACGAUCAUUUUUUCGUUAUGAUUAAAAUAAUUUAUUAUAAACAAUUUGUUAGAAAUAACAUAUCGUUAUAAAGGAUUUCUUUAAAAUUAAGCAAGAUUGCUCCAUGCAGUUUUAUUUAUCUUAUAGGAUGAGUAAAAAAAGUAUGGAAAGUCGAAAAUGGGAAACGAAUUUUCUUCUAGAAAAGGAGCUGAGAUCCUUCUGUUGUACUAUUAAUGGCCAUCGAUCUAUACGACGGAUAUAACACGACCAGUCAGUGAAAAGUUAAGUCGGUAAAAGUAUUGUUAAUAAAAUGAAUGCCUGAAAGUAUAAAGAAAAUUUAUAACAUUGUCGCUAUUUCGUUGAUAAUUCUGCAAUGAUCACUCGACGCGCUUCACGGCAGUUAUAAACGUCCACGUAGAGUGCUACGUAUAUGCGUAUAUUUUUUAAAUAUGAUUCAACAUGUAAUAAUAAAUAAUGAUAUCUGACGUAAUCUCAUGAGAUUGGUCGUUUUACACGAGACACGUUGUAUACAAAUUUACGUUUUCGAAUCAAUUGAAAAUCGAUAGAUCGAAAUGCUUCUGAUGUUUUCGAUAACCUCCUUGAACAUAAUAAUCCUUGAAACGUGUAAUUUCCUUUUCUUAGGGACAUUCCUUCGCGAUAGAAUAAAGAAACCUUAAACAUUUCACGAUGUCCGAUGUCCAAGAAGGGCAAGGUCACGUUUGCGAAUUGCUAAGGUCAUUGGACGAUUGGGAAAAAAUCACUAAUUGGUGGGAAUGCAAGCAAUUAAGGUCCCGAUAUUCAAAUAUCGAUAGACGCACACCAAAAUGUAUGCAAUACAUGGACAAUACGUCAGCAGUAAAUGUUGAAAGAAAAAAAUACGUUCGUCUUAAAUAUCGUUGGAUCAUACAUCCAUUUAGUUAUAUCAAAUUUUUAUGGGAAACUUUAAUGAUAGUCAUUUAUGGAAUAGCCUUUUUUACAAUACCUUUUAUGAUAUCAUUUGUCAUUAUGGACUAUGAGGUAGUACGUUUGGACAAAGUUAAUAUAUUUAUUUAUACGAUAUGCUGGUUGGACAUAAUUGUCACUUGCAUCACCGGUUAUUAUGAUAAGAAAAAUAUGUGCAUAGAAUUGAGACCAUUGAAAAUAAUCAAAAAAUAUUCAAAGGGAUAUCUUCUGGUGGAUAUACUUUCUUCCUUGCCGUACGAUCACAUCACUUUAUCCUGGCGAAAACUGCCAGGGAAUGGUUCUUUUCACGCGAUCACGUUGAUAAAUAUCUUACCCUUGUUAAAACUGACACGUUAUCCAACACUAAAUGAUUAUAUUUAUCAAUAUUUCCUGAUGGAACACUCUUAUUACCAAUUGAUAUCUACAUUUAUGUUAGGAUUUUACUUGAUAAUAUGGUUCUCCUGUCUGUAUUAUCUCUUGCCGGUAUUAACGUUACAUUUUUACAACAUUCCAUUAACGGAAUGCGACGACUGUUGGAUGAUAGGGAUAGAAAAAGAAGGUUUGGUUGUUAGAUUCCAGCAUGCUUUCUUUAUAGUAUUGGAAAAUCUUUUAGCUAGCGGCUACGGUGUCUUCCCUCCGAAAGCCGACAUUCAUGUCAUAUUAAAUACCGUACUGAUGAUAUUGGGCAGAUUCGUCGAGUGUUACAUUAUAAUUAUGUUUCUACACAUAAAGGAAAACAGCAAAGCAGCGGAAAAUAAAUAUAAUGAGAUAAUUAAUCAGAUAGGGGCAUACGCGAAACAAAAACAAUUGCCGUUGCAAAUAAAAAAUCGGAUUUUCGAGUACUACAAUCAUCGCUUUAAGAAUAGCUUUUUUCGUGAACAAAAUAUUCUAAACAAUCUUUCAGAACAAUUACGAGAUGAAAUCGCUAUGUAUUCUUGUCAACGGUUGGUCGAAAAUGUGGAACUCUUUAAAAAUAUACCUCAGGACGUUUUAAAGUCUAUCGUUAAAAGUUUGAAAUUUGAGUUGUACUUGCAAAAUGACAUUAUUAUAAGGGCCGGCACACUGGGGAAUUGUAUGUUUUUUUUGUCCGCUGGAACUAUCGCCAUUUUGACGGCAACUGGACAAGAGAUAUGCCGUCUGAAUGAUGGCGCUCAUUUUGGAGAAAUAGCACUUUUAGCGCCUGAUCAGAAACGGGUCGCGUCUGUGAUUGCUGUAGAAGUUUGCGAAGUUUAUCGUCUUGAUAGGAAGGACUUUCGAAAAUGCGUUGCCGUUUACUCUGAAUUAUUUUCCAUGAUCGAACGUAUAGCUAUUGAAAGAAUAGAGAAGACUAUGGUAACAGAGGAACAUCAUAAAAGAUUUAUAAUGCAUUCAAGCCUUAUGUGCGAUAGCACAAGAAAGAAAACAAGAAAAAAAUCGAGGAAACAAUGAAUUAUCAGUCUGUCAAUACAAUACUCUUUCAUAUUGUAUCAACAGAUAUACAAUAAUAAAAUAAAGUUAAAGCUUCUUUAAAUUGCGCGGCAGUGUCUACCUUCGUUUUUCCUCGCUCGAAAAAUAAGAAAGAAGAUUAUUCGUAUUUUCGUAAAACAAAUGUAUGUGUAUUUAAGGAUAGUAAAAAUUAUUAUCAUUAUCAUUA